AUGGCAAGCCCUUCUUUUUCUCUGUCGUUGCAUGAAAGGACGAGAGUUGAGGAUUACUUGAACGACAAGAUCCAAAUAUCUGCCGACUUUGAGAGCCUUGAUUCGUUGUUAGCCACUCUCCGCUCUCAACAUCACCUCCAACGAAAACAGUUAGCAGAAGCCCAACAGGCACUGCUCAGUGCAUCAAAAGCCUCCAACGACCAUGCCGAAGCCACACGAAAGCGAGCCGAAGCCUUCAAGGAGGAGCAAGAGGAUAUCGAUAAGCGAUUGAAAGCCAUAACAGGUUCCAACGCCAGCGAUGAGGCAGCAAAGCGCUUUAAAGUGAGCAUAGACAAGCUCCGACGGCUGGAGAUCUCGAAGGGUUAUGUGACCCUCCUGAGGGAAGCAGAGGAAUUGAGUAAGGAGGCAUUGAGCAACAUACAAUCUUCCCCUCGCCUGGCCCUAGAACCGUAUUCGCGCCUGAGAAACAUUGUACAAUCACUAAAGGAUGCUCAACCGGCUGCCGAAGGAGCGGCCCCUCACCUUGUCAGCCACGUGGAGAAGCUGGCCUCCGGUCUCAGAAAACAUAUGAAGGAGAAUUUCUCCAAGAGGCUUCAGAAGACGCUGGAAGAAAUGGGAUGGCCAUCGAAAGACUUCUGUCUAUCAGAAGAUCUGAGGACACAGUGGAUCGAGAAUGUCGAGUUGCUUCUUGAUUUACAGACACCCGAACUUACGGGACGUGAUCUGGAUGUGAAGCAACAGAGUGCCGAACCACCGAUCCUGUUACCGUUCGAAGUGAUGGUACAUCCGCUGGAUCUUCGCUUCAAAUACCACUUCAGCGGAGACAAGCCAACAAAUAGACUUGACAAGCCAGAAUACUUCCUGGGUCACGUCUUGGACCUGAUCAACACUUUCGGAGGGUUUUUCGCUUCCUCGCUGCAGCCUGUCUUCGACAAGAGAGCCCAAGAAGUUGGUUCGACUCUGGAAUGGAAUUUUUACAACGCCUCUCAUGCAUUUAUCACGGCUCUUUUGCCGAUGCUGAGGCAGAAAUUAUCGACUGUGCUCCCUAGCAUUUCUGGACAUCCACAGUUACUCAGCCAUCUCAUCCACGAGCUGAUGAAUUUUGACAACGAGAUUCGGGAGGCUUGGAAUUAUCUGCCUGAUCCAUACUCCAAGGAGAAUUGGAAGGGAAUAACGUGGGAGGUUCUUACUAAGGAGGGGUGGUUUGAUCGCUGGCUUCAGGUUGAGAAGGACUUUGCACUGGCCCGCUAUAAGGAAAUCAUUGAUGCAACGGACAGCGGUGAGAUUGACUACGAAGGAGUCGAGUUUUCGGCAACCAAACCCACCAAAGCCGCGAUUCGCGUAAAUGAUCUGCUUGAAACGAUCACUGAACUGUAUCGGCCUCUGUCAUCUUUCGGUCAAAAACUGCGGUUCCUUAUUGACAUUCAGAUCACGAUCUUCGACCAGUUUCACGAGCGCCUCCAUUCCGCACUUGAAGCUUACCUUGCAAUGACGUCUACGAUCGGCCGCACGGUACAAGGCGCAGAUGGACAGGCCAGCGUGGAAGGUGUGGCUGGACUGGAGCGUCUUUGCAGGGUUUUUGGGAGCUCCGAGUACUUGGAGAAGAAGAUGGAGGACUGGAGCAAUGAUGUGUUCUUCGUCGAACUGUGGUCUGAGCUACAAGAACGAGUCAGACAGAACAAAAACUCAGGUAGGAAUGUGGCCGGCCCUAUGUCUGUAGCAGACGUUGCUUCACGUACCUCUCAGAUGGUUGCAAAUGGCCACCAUAGCAGCGGCCAAGCUAGCUCGGAUGGAGCUCUGUUCGACGAAACAGCAUCCGCCUACCGUCAUCUCAGGCUACGUUCUGAAUCAAUUCUCACUUCGACGUUGAUCUCAAACACACAGUCGGCCCUGAAACCAUAUGUUCGUAUGUCUGCGUGGGCAACGAUUUCUACUACAUCACCUUCCGAGGCAAUCUCGUUACCACCGUCCGCGGAUCUUGCGCCUGCUAUGCGAACUUUAUCCACUAGCAUCUCUUUCCUAUCCCGCGCACUGGGCAUAGCACCGUUGCGUCGAAUCAUUCGCCAGGUACUCCUCUCCGUUCAAACUAAUCUUUGGAGUAACGUCCUCAUGAGGCAUACCUUUUCCGCUGCCGGAGCGGCGCAAUUUGCCAGCGAUAUUGACCACCUUUGCAAUGUUGUCGAUGUCGCUUUGGGACCGGCUGGUCUGGAAGGAGGCUCGACUAGAGUUCUUGCGAAGCUCAACGAGGGUCUUCUACUGCUGGGCCUUACGAUUGUCGCUGCCAAGGCUGGCGACGUAUCUGCCGCCCAGGAGGGCACUGAUUCGCAGGAGGAACCUCAUCUUGGACUUUGGGAGGUGGAGAAGAGGCUAUUCAGGGAUAACGAGAGUGCUCGAGGCGUUCUUGCCGAGCUGAAUAUCGAGACUCUUACAGAAGCUGAGGCAAGAGCUGUACUUGAGCGACGAGUAGAGAUUGGUUCUUAG